GAUGCCCGGUUUUGACUUAAACUAGGUCGAUUAGUCACAUGAGUCCGUAAACAGGAAUCGGGAGAUGGAUCGUACGAGAUAUGACAUGGCGGCAGAAUGAUUACAGCAGGAAAGUGACUGACUCAAUGUGUGACUUCCUGGUUGCUGACACACAUUAGAAACAAACAGAAGACAUACCUGAGUUCUUGUCUGUAAAUCCAAGGCAGAAAUGGAUACACUACUUAUAAAGUUUGGAUCGUAUUGCACCCUGGUGCUUUUACUUAUCCUAUGCACCCUACAAGGUGAUGGAAAACCUAUGCAACAUGCAGCUGAAUUCAAAACAUUACAGGAAAUGGGGACUGCAAAUCAUUUGGAUAAUCCAAGAAUUCAGCAGCGAAACAUUCACAAAAUGAGGCAGCAACAUGGCAUUGAACAGGAACAUAAAGUUGCAGACAAACGUGCACCAGGAAGCAUUCUCAAAAAGUUACAUAUGCCUGGCAUUAUUUCGUUUUUCUUAAAACAUCUUGAGGAGUACGUAUUUGGUGGCACUGACUUGAAGUGUGAUGCGUGUAAGGUGGGAGUUAGCGUGGUUCAAGUGAUGUUUGCGACAAACAAAUCAGAGACGGAAAUAGUCAGUGUUUUGAUUGAGCUGUGCAUCAAGUUCAAGAUAGAAACUGAAAAAGUCUGCAGAAGUGUUAUACCAGAAUUCAAGAACGAAGUGUUAACAGUCAUAGACAAAGUUGCACUCAGCCCUAAAGAGAUAUGUGGCCUCGUCUUAGGAGGGAGUUGUGCCACACCCUUUGACCCCCUAGCUAACUGGACUGUUCCAUUACCUGACACCCCUAAACCACCAGUGGUACAGCCCAGAGACCCCCAGCCUGGUGCUCCUAAACUGCAAGUUCUUCAGCUGUCAGACAUUCAUUUUGAUCCUCAGUAUAUGCAUAAAGGGAACGCUGACUGCGAUGAACCACUAUGUUGUAGAAAAAAUAGUGUAGGGAAGAAGUUCCGUCCAGCUGGUUUCUGGGGUGACUAUAAUAACUGUGAUACUCCACUUUGGACACUGGAGAACAUGUUCAAACAUUUGACAAAUCAGAAAUUUGACUACAUCUUGUGGACAGGGGACCUCCCUCCCCAUGAUGUGUGGAACCAGUCCAGGGCUGACCAGGUCAGUAAGCUGGACAUCAUACAGAGACUGUUCCUGAAGUAUUUCCCUGACACACCUGUGUUUCCAGCCCUGGGAAACCAUGAGAGCUCCCCUGUGAAUAGUUUCCCUCCACCUUUUAUCACUGGGAACAACUCGAUUCACUGGUUGUAUGGGGAACUGGCUAAAACAUGGUCUGCUUGGCUUCCACCAGAUACCAUGGCCAAUAUAAACAAAGGGGGCUACUUCACCUUGUUGAUCAAGAAAGGCCUGCGUCUAGUCUCCAUGAACAUGAAUUACUGCAAUACUGGGAACCUGUGGCUGUAUUUGAAUAUGACCGACCCUGCCGGGGAGCUGGAGUGGCUGGUGCAGGUGCUACAGGCGGCUGAGGAUAAUAAGGAAAAGGUCCAUAUCAUAGGGCACAUACCACCAGGGACAGAAUCCUGUCUCAAAGCAUGGAGCUGGAAUUAUUAUAGGAUUAUUAAUAGAUAUGAGAGCACAGUUGUAGCACAAUUCUUCGGUCACACUCACAAGGAUAGCUUCGAGCUGUUCUAUGACCUGGAAGACAAAACACGUGUCACAAACAUGGCGUACGUGAGUCCAAGUGUGACAACAUACAGUUUUAUCAACCCAGGGUACAGAGUCUACGAGAUUGAUGGGGAGUAUGAGAAUACAUCAUGGACUGUGCUGGACCAUAGCACUUACAUACUCAAUCUGACAGAAUCCAAUCUCUCCAACAAAACCCACUGGGAUCUAGAAUACUCAGCAAAGGCAGCUUAUGGUCUCUCCAAUUUAUUACCACCCUCAUGGAACAAAUUUGUGUCUAGGAUGACAACUAAUGACACAUUAUUUCAAGUGUACUACAGAUAUUACUAUAAGUCUGCCCCAGGACAUCCCCCCUGCACAGGAAAUUGUAAGGCGGCCAUGUUAUGUGAUCUCAAGACAGGACGGUCUUACGACCAAACAUUUUGUCAUGCAGAAGAGAUCCUUGCUAAAUCAGUUCACAAGGAAGUUCCACUUUGUUAGGGAUGACUAAGUGUCCUCAAAAUGUCCGAUGGUUGGCACAGUUCCAGAUGUGAAAGUGUGGAAACCAAGGGAAGAAGAUGUUAGACAAACUAAUUUUAGACAAAAUGGUGUCACUGGGGAUCUUGACUACUGACAAUCUUGGCAGUUUUUUUUUUUUUUUUUUUCAUAAAAUUUUUGUCAACCCUUGCCAAACUUGACUCAUCACUUUCUUUUAUAACAUUCCAAGAGGAUGUCUGAAUGCUUUUUUCUUUGUGGUGCUGUUUACCCUUCUCUUGCUCAAUGUAGACUUGCUUACUGGAGGGGCAUUAAGUUGGCAUUGAUGGAAAGAAAGCUAAAAAAAAACACAGGACACCAUAUUGGUAUUAACCAACCAGUUCUUGUCAGUUUGAUAUUAUUAAAUGUGAUUUAAUGAUAUAUUAAGAGGUUGUUAUGCAUGAGAUUAAUUAUUUUUAUUUGUAAAAUUAACUAGAUCUUGUUAUUACUUAUAUUUGACUUAGGUUUUGCAAAAUAAGAAGUUAAUGCAGAAAAAACAAAGGUGCAAGUUAAUUUUUCAUGCAUAUUUGGGUUUUGAUAGCUUUAGUAAAGUAAACAAUUUCACAAAACUUUCAGCAGCUAGAAGAGUCUCGGCAACAAAUUUGCAAAUGUACAGAAGCUAUGCAAAAAAUAGGGUAUAAGUGAGGAAGUUAACUGUUUUAUGACAUGGCUGUGGAGCAAGUAAUUAAUUUAUCAUUUUUGUUGACAUUUAGUUUUGAUACCUAUGAAAAGGGAGGUGUACAAAUUAAGCAAAAGAUAGCAUAGCUCAUUCUUUGCAUUAUGUUAUAAUACUUUAUUAGUGAGAUUUUUCCAGUUGUUCAAGUUAAAUAUUUAUCCAUAAAGUGAGCCUUUUGUGUGCUAUGUGUGUUGCAUAGUUUGCUUUAACGCUGUUGCACCUUAUGCACUAUCUCAUCUACUGCAUUCUCUCACUUACCACAUCAUCACAUCUGCCACAUUUGUCACACCUAACACACUGUUAACCUUACACACUGUCACACCUAACACACUGUUAACCUUACACACUAGCUCACUUGACACAAUGUUAACCUGACACACUGUCUCACCCAACACAAUGGUGUUUCAUUUUGAUGAAGUUUUCACUUGUUUAUUUGUUUUUGCAGUUAUUGGUAUGUCAAAUGUUGAAGUUAUAAAUGCUAUCUUAUCAGUAUGAAAUGUACAGGAACCUAACAUUUGCUCUAGUCAUUAACAGAUACUUUAUUCCACCCUGUACAUCAGAGUAUGGAUUAGGUCUUCCCUCAGGGCUACAUGCCCUCUGUAUGGGAAUGACAUGGGGACAUGUAUGCUGAUGAUAAAGAUUACAGAGAAGUCUGAGAUUCGGGGUAUUAUGCCAGUUCUAUUGACAAUGUAACGAAAUGAUUUACAUAAAACCUUUCAUUGGUGGAGAGGAGAUAGAACGUGGGGGGAAGGGGGGUUAGACAAUUUCCUCAUUAUGUUUGCCUGUUGAAAGUAAAUGGAAGAAAGAAGGAAGGGUUUGGUGUGUGGAGUUCAACUGUUUGAUUUUUUAGCUCAGUGGAAGAUAAAGUUUCGUAAUGGUAUUGAAGAGUAAUUUAUUUCUGCUCAAAUUUCUGUUACAAAGUCAUGGUACAGUUUUGUUAAUAAACAAUGUUA